CAAGAGCAAGAUGGGUAUUGACCUCGCCAAGCACCACGUCAAGAAGGGUAUCCGAACCGCUCCCAAGAGUGAGGAUCCCUACUUGCUCUUGCUCGUCAAGUUGUAUCGCUUCUUAGCGCGGCGUACCGAUUCGGCGUUCAAUAAGACCAUCCUCCACCGCCUGUUCCUCUCCAAGAUUAAUCGCCCCCCUAUGUCUCUCUCCCGCAUCCUCAAGGAGACUACAAGCGCCCCCAACCGUCAUAGUCAGACUAUUGUCAUCGUCGGCACCGUUACCGAUGAUGUCCGUCUGCUCGAGAUCCCGAAGCUGACCGUUGCCGCGCUCCGCUUCACCCAGUCUGCCAGGGAGCGUAUCCUUAAGGCCGGUGGUGAGGCUUUGACUCUCGACCAACUCGCUCUUCGUGCGCCCACGGGCUCGAACACCAUCUUGCUCCGCGGCAAGCGAAACACCCGGGAGGCCGUCAAGCACUUCGGCAUGGGCCCCCACAAGCACAAGAAGCCCUUUACGACCUCCAAGGGCCGCAAGUUCGAGCGGGCACGUGGUCGCCGAAAGUCUCGUGGUUUCAAGGUCUAAUCGUACCUCCAAAAUGGACGCGCAGGCGGUUCGCUCGCCGUCGCAGCAAUGCAGAAUGGGCUUAUGGUGGAAUUCCAUUCAUGCGUUAUGGGCGGCUGCGUUUCUUUACAGCUAUUCUAUGUGCGACAUGCAAUUCAACCUUGGACGUAUGUCUUCGAUCCAAACGCGCUCCACCGUUUUGUCGGUUUAUUCCGGCUUGUAUUAUCAGUCUGUAUUGCCAUCCUAAGAAAACUCUCGUUAUUCCCUUGCAUCGUGUUAUUCAUCCUGGCCACUUUUCCACACGUUAAAGCUCUCGCCCCGGAGGCAUACAAUCGUACCUCGCUUCUUCGACCACUCUGCGAAGGCCAAUCUUCGUGUCUUGUAUCGUUAUCCGACCACGAACUUCUCGUGGCUUCGCUCUUUGCUGCUCCCACAACCACAGUAGAGGUUGAUGUCCCGCCAACCCGUGCUGGCCUAUAUGUAAACGGCGACUGUGACUUAUAGAGUCAAAUAACCGGUAGCUCUCUGUAUCCUCCGCUCGGUGAAAAUAAUGCACCGUUCU